AGUCUGUAUUUGCCUUUUUCUUUCUUUCUUUCUUUCCUUCUUUCCAUCCAAAUAUAGUAAACUAAACCAACUCUGAGAUCUGAAUCUCUCUCUCUCUCUAGGAACAACUGACUCAACGUUUCGUUUAGAUCUCUGGUGACAGAAUCCAGACUCGGAAAAUCAUUAGAACUUGUGCUGUUGUUCUUUGUAUUGGAGCUGUGAGAGGUCAAGGUUAACUGGGAAUUUUUGAAUGGUGUCUUUUGUGAAAUGAGAUUUGCAUUGUGAGUUUUUAUUCUUAAAGAGGUGCUGUAAAUCGGAAAUCGACGUAAAUGAUGAGGGGAAGAUCUGAUGGAACGCAAAAGAGGCGUUUAAUCACUUCUCUUUGUGUUGUGGCGAUCUUUCUCGGUUUCCUGUACGCGUACUAUGGAUCCAUCUUCGGAUCUCAGAGCCAUGGUGCGUCUGCUAUAGAGUAUGGCAGCAGAUCUUUGAGAAAGCUUGGGUACUUGGGUGGGGAUGAUGAAACCGGUGGCAAACAGGAAUCGUCGACAAAAUUGUUUGGGCAGGAAGAUGGGGUGGAUGAGAUUACACCGAAGAGCUUCCCCGUUUGCGAUGAUCGCCAUUCGGAAUUAAUUCCCUGCCUAGACAGAAAUCUAAUAUACCAAAUGAGAUUGAAGCUGGACCUGUCUCUGAUGGAGCACUAUGAAAGGCAUUGCCCUCCUCCAGAAAGGCGGUACAAUUGCUUGAUCCCUCCUCCGUUGGGUUACAAGAUCCCAAUCAAAUGGCCAAAGAGCAGAGAUGAAGUGUGGAAAGCAAACAUACCACACACUCACCUUGCACACGAGAAAUCUGAUCAAAACUGGAUGGUUGUUAAAGGUGAAAGAAUAGAGUUCCCUGGGGGAGGCACACAUUUUCAUUACGGCGCUGAUAAGUACAUUGCUUCAAUUGCAAAUAUGCUCAACUUUUCAAACAACAAUUUGAACAAUGAAGGAAGAUUGCGUAUGGUACUUGAUGUUGGCUGUGGAGUUGCAAGUUUCGGUGCCUAUCUUCUGUCAUCUGAUAUCAUAGCAAUGUCCUUAGCACCAAAUGAUGUGCAUCAAAACCAGAUCCAAUUUGCUCUAGAAAGAGGAAUUCCUGCGUAUCUUGGUGUUCUAGGGACCAAGAGGCUUCCUUAUCCGAGCAGGUCUUUUGAACUUGCUCACUGUUCCCGUUGUAGGAUCGAUUGGCUUCAAAGAGACGGGAUUCUUCUUCUUGAGCUAGACCGGCUGUUGAGACCAGGAGGUUAUUUUGCUUACUCUUCUCCAGAAGCCUAUGCGCAGGAUGAAGAGGAUCUCAGGAUAUGGAGAGAGAUGGCUGCCCUUGUGGGACGCAUGUGUUGGAGAAUAGCUGCAAAGAGGAACCAAACCGUCAUUUGGCAAAAGCCUUUAACAAAUGACUGUUACCAUUCAAGAGAACCUGGUACUUUGCCUCCUCUCUGCAAAUCUGAUGAUGAUCCAGAUGCAGUUUGGGGAGUCCAAAUGGAGGCUUGCAUCACACCAUACUCGGACUAUGAUCAUAGAGUCAAGGGUAGUGGGUUGGCUCCUUGGCCGCAGAGAUUGACUGAUCCUCCUCCGCGACUUGCUGAUUUUGGCUACUCAAAUGACAUGUUUGUAAAGGACACGGAAACUUGGCGACAAAGAGUCGAGAAUUAUUGGGAUCUGUUGAGCCCAAAGAUUGAAUCAAACACUUUGAGGAACGUAAUGGACAUGAAAACAAACAUGGGGUCCUUUGCAGCUGCUCUGAAGACCAAGGACGUUUGGGUGAUGAACGUCGUCCCCGAGGAUGGCCCAAACACACUUAAGCUGAUUUAUGACAGAGGUCUUAUAGGCACUGUUCACAACUGGUGCGAAGCGUUUUCAACAUACCCCCGGACAUAUGAUUUACUCCAUGCUUGGACUGUAUUCUCCGACAUAGAGAAGAAGGAAUGCAGUCCUGAGGAUCUGCUGAUUGAGAUGGAUCGCAUACUAAGGCCUACCGGUUUCAUAAUCAUCCGUGACAAACAGUCGGUGGUAGAUUUCGUCAAGAAGUAUUUAGCAGCAUUGCACUGGGAAGCAGUGGCAACGACUGGUUCAGACUCAGACCAGGAUGGUGACGACGUCGUUUUCAUCAUCCAAAAGAAACUGUGGCUCACAAGUGGCAGCCUCAGGGAUACAGAAUAGAAAGCAAAAAAAAAAAAAGAAAAAAGAAAAAAAAAAUGGCUCUCUGACUCUCGAGUUCAUUCCACCCUGCGCUUUUGCAUUCAAUGCUGCUCCAAGGUAUAAACAAAGCAAAUACGUCCCCAGCAGUUGUUGUGGUAUACAAUAUUCCAUUUUGUAGAAUUAAAAAAAGUCGAUGUCUUACGUUGUCUUUUUAAAAAAUUUUCCCUCUUUCACGGAUCACUUGAUAAAGCUACAACCUUCAUCAAUAGGUUAUUUGUUCUUAAGAUUUUUUUUUUUUUUCCUUUUGCCCCUUUCUCAUUUUGAUAUGUUUUGGAUGUCAUGUAUGCUUCCUAAGCUGUUGAUUUAAUAAACAAAACAUUUAUAAGUUCCUAA